UUGCUCCAUGUGGCUAUUUGAGUAAAGUUUUUCGUGUGCCAGUAAUUUGUGUUUAAUAUUGUUGAAGGAGUUAAUAAUAUUUGAAUUAACAAGGACACAAAAUGUCUUCGAUAGAAAAUGAAACAGCUGCGCUCAGCGAAAUGGAGCGUCUAACAGCCCAUUUGCGCACAGAAAUAGAAAAAACAAAACGUGGCGAGGGACUUGAAUUUGAAGAGGAUGAAGAGUACGCAAAGUUGCAAACCGAGAACACAAAACUCAAGCACCGGUUAGCGAUUUUGAAUAAGGCUAUUGCGGCAGAAAACAAUACCUUAGGUGUGGCUGCUGAAGUGACUACAAAAUAUCAACCUGCCGAAUUACCAGUUGCAGUAAACGAAAUGAUUUCAAUAACUGAACAUCUUGUGGAUUUAUUUACAAAUGCUAUUGCUUUGGCAUUCCCAGAGCUUGCCGGUACCCAAGCAAUCAUAUCACCGGUGAAUGCCAAUGCUGCUAAGUUUGGUGACUAUCAAUGCAACAGUGCAAUGUCACUUGCGAAGACAUUAAAAGCUGCUGGCGUAAAUAAAUCACCUAGGGAUAUAGCUAAUGAAAUUGUUAAGAAUGUUGUACAAUCGCCACUCGUAGCUAAAACCGAGGUCGCUGGUGCAGGUUUCAUCAACGUAUUCCUCCAAAAAGAUUAUGCAGUGCGCGCUAUUGAUACACUUUUGCGUAAAGGCGUUAACCCACCGGUUUGCCGGAAGCAACGCAUACUCGUUGACUUUUCUUCACCGAAUAUAGCAAAACAAAUGCACGUUGGUCAUUUGCGUUCAACAAUUAUAGGUGAGUCCAUAUGUCGUUUGCUCGAGUUUCUGGGACACGAUGUUCUGCGUGUCAAUCAUCUGGGGGACUGGGGAACACAAUUUGGUAUGCUUAUUGCGCACUUGGAAGAUCGCUUUCCCAAUUUCUUAAACGAAAGUCCACCUAUUGGUGACUUACAAGCCUUCUAUAAGGAAUCGAAAAAGAGAUUUGACGAAGAUGAAGCAUUCAAGAAGCGUGCCUACAAUUGUGUCGUACUUUUGCAAGGUGGUGACGCAAAUUCCACAAAAGCCUGGAAUCAAAUUUGCGAUGUCUCACGUCAAGAGUUCCAAAAAAUUUACGAUCGCCUAGAUGUAACACUCAAACCAAUCGGCGAGUCUUUCUAUCAGUCACGUAUGGUAGAAGUUGUCAAGUAUUUGGCAUCGAAAAAUCUACUUGAGGAAGACGAUGGUCGCAAAAUUAUGUGGGCUGACGAAAGCUCAUCGGGCAUACCUUUAACGAUUGUCAAGUCUGAUGGUGGUUUCACUUAUGACACAUCGGAUAUGGCUGCAAUUCGUUAUCGUUUGGAAGAACAAAAAGCUGAAUGGUUGAUAUAUGUUGUAGACUCUGGCCAGAGCACACAUUUACAAAAUAUUUAUCGUGCUGCUGAACGCGCGGGUAUAUUUAAUCCGAAAAUUCAUCGUGCUGACCAUGUGAACUUUGGCGUAGUGCUAGGAGAGGAUGGUAAAAAAUUCAAGACCCGUUCCGGUGAGACAGUGAAACUGUCUGAUCUCUUGGACGAAGGUUUAAAACGUGCGCUAGAUAAAUUAUUGGAAAAAGAGCGUGAUAAGGUGCUUACACCAGAAGAACUAAAAGCAGCACAAGAAUCUGUAGCCUAUGGUUGUAUCAAGUAUGCCGAUUUAAGUCACAAUCGUACAAAUGAAUAUGUGUUCUCCUUCGACAAGAUGUUGGAGGAUCGCGGCAACACGGCCGUAUAUCUACUAUAUGCAUUUACCCGCAUAUGCUCAAUUUCACGUAACUGUGGCGAGGACUUCUCCGACCUUGCUAAAAUACUGGAUAGUGGCACAGCUAUUGAUUUGGCACAUGAAAAGGAAUGGAAAUUGGCGAAGACACUAUUAAAGUUCCCCGAUGUGCUGGUCAAGAUUUCAAAAGACCUACUGUUGCACACGCUUUGUGAAUACUGUUAUGAAAUUUGUACUGUGUUCUCCGAAUUCUACGACAAUUGCUACUGCAUUGAGAAAAAUAAGAGUGGCGAAAUUGUCAAGGUCAAUCGAGGCCGCAUUUUGCUAUGCGAGGCUACCGCUGCGGUACUGAAACAAUGCUUCUAUAUUUUGGGCUUAAAGCCAGUUUCCAAGAUUUAAAAUGUUAAUUACUCACUUUAAUGUGCGUACUGUUCUACUACUGUAUACAUUUUUUACAAAGCAAGGCGUUUGAUAAUUCGAAAUGAAUAAAAAAAAUUAAAUCAAUACUGAA